AUUUUGAAAAAGUGGUCAUGGGUUAAGCCUGGUAAUGUUAAAAAACUCACCAUUAGAGUGCUUAUAUCUGCCACACCCUGUUCUCAGUGCAUUAUACACACAAGGCCUCUGAGGGAUAUGCUAUCAUCUCACUUCACAGACCCAGAACACAAUUUGGAAAAGGAAGCACCAAGGAUUCCAAAAAGCGAGGCAACAGGUAAUGGGACAUUUUUGUAAAUGUUCAUCAAGUAAACAGAUCAUUGAAUGAUCCUGUUUGGUUGUAUUUUAAUUUGGAAUAACCCUAUUUAGAAAAGAAAUACAGCAAAGAUUCACUAACCCCCUUAUAGUUAUAUGACCUAAAUGCUUGUGUGUGUGUGUGUGUGUGUGUUGUGAGGAGGGCAAAAUAAUUAUGAGGAAAUGAAGACAUAGGAUGUGCAUUUCCUUGUUAUUAGCGAUACAAAGUUCUUACAGCCGCAAUGGGGCGGCCAUUGAAAGCCUCGUGAAGACCACCACGCUGCCAGGAAAAUGCAAUAAAAAAAGGGCAGGAUGAGAAUGAAAAAGACAAAGGAAGAGGGCACGAAUUCUAAAAUAAGUUAACAUUUAAGCUUAUAACAUUCCUAAUUAUAUAUAUUACUAGUAAAAAAAUUCAAAAGGAGUACACCAGAAUAAUUUCUCCCCUCACCCCAAAAAAGUGAACUUCCAUUUAAUGAAACUCAUAACCAUGUGUCAGGAGCUGUGCUAAAUGCCUUUCCACUCCAUUCUCAACCACCUAUGACAGAAACUGCCAUCCCCUUUUACCCGGAGACUCAGGCCAAGACAACAAAGUGCCCAGGCUACAAGCUGAUUCCACAGCUCUGCUCUCCAGGCAGAAGCCCAAGCUGCAGGCGUCUCCCAGGAAACCGAACUCGUCCCGCCCCCUCGACCCUCUCUCCACUUCCGCUCCUGCGCACUGUGGCUCUAGCCAACCGGCGUGGAGGACAUGGCUACUUCCCGCUUACCCCCAGCGACACUAACGCUAAAGCAGUUCGUGAGAAGGCAGCAAGUCCUCCUUCUCUACAGAAGGAUUUUGCAAGCCAUUCGGCAAGUUCCAAAGGAUUCUGAUCGCAAAUACCUGAAGGACUGGGCGAGGGAAGAAUUCAAAAGAAACAAAAGUGCCACUGACGAGGUUACAAUCCGGAUGAUGAUUACACAAGGCAAUAUGCAGCUCAAGGAAUUAGAAAGAACACUUGCCUUAGCAAAAUCUUAACUAUAGCAUUAUCCUGGAAGAUUUUCAAGGUCUCCAUGUGUUUUUUGAGCUUAGGCUCAACGACAGGCAGCCCAAAGUCAAGUCAAACUGUAUGUACAGCACUCCAACAGAAUAUCAGAACAUGGAGCAUGGCACGUCACAGAGGGCAAAGAAAAGCCGCAUUGGAACAAUUUCCUUAGCACUGAAAAACAUACCCUGUAUUUUGAAAAUGUUUCUGGAUUUGUCAGCAGUUUUUAUAAGAAGCAAAAACCAGUACAGGAAACUGUCAAUUAGCACAGUGGUCGGCAAACUGCGGCCCCUUGAGUGUGGCUCUUCCACAAGAUACCACGUGUGGGCGCGCACGUACAGUGCGAUUGAAACUUCGUGGCCACACUCAAGGGGCCAAAGAGCUGCAUGUGGCUCGCGAGCCACAGUUUGCCGACCACUGAAGUAGCACAUAAAAAAAAAUACUCAACACCAUUAUUCAUCAGGGAAAUGCAAAUCAAAACCACAAUGAGAUACUACACAUCCACCACAUGCACUAGAAUGGCUGUAAUCAAAAAGGGAGAUAACUACUAAUGGGGAACAUGUGGAGAAAUCAGAACCCUCAUCAAUUGCUGGUGGGGACAGAAAAUAGAGCAGCUGCUUUGGAAAACAGACUGUCAGCUGCUUAAAAACUUAAACAUAGUUACUUGACUCAGCAGGUUUCCUCCUAGGUUUCAACCAACAAAACUAAAAACACAUGUCUACAAAACACGUGCACACAAAUGUUCAUAGCAGCAUUAUUUCAUCAUAGCCAAAACAAUCCAAAUGCCCACCAACUGAUAAACAAGUAAGUACAAAAUGUGGUAUAUCUAUACAAUAAAACAUUCGGCAAUAAAAAGGAGUGAAGUACUGAUACGUGCUACACGAAUGAACCUUGAAAACACUAAGUAAAAGAGGCCAGUCACAAAGGAUCACAUAUUGUAUGAUCCCGUUGAUAGGAAAUGUGCGGGAUAGGUGGAAAGAUCAGGGGUUGCUAGGGCUCUGGAUGUAAUGGAGCAUAACUGGAUAUGGGGUUUCUUGUUGGGGUGAUGAAAACAUUGUAAAGUUAGGUUUUGGUUGCAUAACUCUGAAUAUACUAAAACCCAUGAAAAUGUAUAUUUUAUAUGUAUCCUAUGUGAAUUAUAUCUAAUAAGCUGUUCCUUUUCAUUUUUAAAAAUUAAAAUAUAAUUGGCAUAUAACCUUG